CAGUCCCACGCGGAUCUUCGCGCGCGUCUGCUCCGUCUGUCGAGUGUCAAUCGCGAAUCGCGGUCUUUGUCCGUAGUGCCAACGCGUAUACACGGGGCCCUUUCGUCGUUUGUUCACGAUGCCAUCGUACGCCGUUACGACGUCGUACGUUCUCCGCUCGGAUCGAGUGUGCACGCGAGAUGUCACGGUGCGCCAGGAGGAUAUCUCGAGAUGCCGCCGUCGCCCGCGCGUGUGCCACCAACGAACCGCCACGAGAGAGAGAAAGAGAGGCGAGCAGAAGAGGCGCGACAGACGAAGAGAGAAAACACACUCGCGCGGCCAUUUUAACUGCGCCGUACGCUAACCCGGGCCACCCAGUGUGUAGUACGAGAGACCAGAGAACCGCCGUCGCUCUUUCCUCGAGGCUUAAACUGCGUCUCUCGCGUGUGCGCGCUUUGCUUCUGCGCACGCGACUCUUCGUACAUGUUUUCUCGCAAACGUGCGUGUUCGUGCGUGCGUGAGCAAGCGGGUUCGUCGCGUGUAUUACUGCGCAUACUUUCACGGUUUCCCACGUAGCGUGGCGUGCGUGCGGUGUGGUGCCGUCUUUCGUUACGCUCGAUCGUAGACCCAGACAGAAUUGACAGCACGAACGGAAUGGAUCGUCGACGAUGUGACACGGGGAAGAAGGCACGCGAAACGAAACGGCCGAACGCGGAACGUAUCCCGCUCGACCGAUAUGUUUGCUUGUUUUCACGACGGGAAGCGCGGCGAUCGGGUCGGGAUCCGUGAGAAUCGUGGAAACCCGCGAGGGAAACACUACACCGCGGAAUCCCUUGCGAAAGCAAUCAUGGGAACCACAACAAAGAAACAGGUCAGUCCUGGCGUAUCGAGAAUUUGUUCAGCCGGUAACAACGGACUUGACAGCGACAGGGGUUACCCUACGAUAACCCGUACGGUAGGAACGGAACGCUAUGGAUGAAAUUGGAAGUGCGCGAAAGCAAAAGAAAUACACACGCAGAGAUACACGUACGCAUACCCGCCGAAACUGGGGAAUUAUCGGAAACGGAUCGAGUGACGAGCAAGAAAUGUGCGAGACACGCGAAAUAGAGAACCACGAGCUAGACACAGCCACGGGAACGAGGAAAAGGAUCGAAAACGUAAGUCAUACGUAUCGGAAAGAGGUUAGAGAGACGCCGCGAAGUGGGAAUAAGGAAAGUUCGACGUCCGUGGGGCAACGGCGGGACAGAGGAACGACUUAUCGUGCGCGCGACGUAGGUACGAAUGAAGAACCGCCGCGUGACUCUGAAUCUGCGCAGUAAAUCGCGUUCACGUGAACGCGGCGCCGAGUACGGGCGAUCGUCACGAGGAAAGCUUUGAAACUCGACCGCGUCACGAGUAUGUACGCCUCGUAGAGAUGGCCAGAACUUUAUUCGAAUAAUUGAUAACGAACGGAAACUCGCCGUGACGACUUUCUCGCGUUAGCCGAUCGAACAAUUCCAUAAGCUAGUCUUCGUCGUGGAACAUAUUUUGGUUCCACUAGCAGUGCCUGGAUUGUAGUAAGACGGAAAUGUUUUUAAGCUCGUUUACUCUCCAUUUUUGUAAUAUCUUCUAUAUCGACUAUCUCAUUUUCUUCUACAACGUUUCUCGCAAACAUAACCUCCAUGGGGACGAAUUGCUUUGCUUUGAUAGAACAAAAACACGAUAUAAGCCUCGAUUAUUUGUUUUUACAAUAUUCGUUGGCAUUCCAACGUUCAAGGUUCCAAAACUAUGGAACAUUAAAAUUAAAAUAAAUCGUUCUAACUUUCUACGAUUUUUCUUCGACACUCAGUCAUUAAGAUACUAAAGUCAUGGAUAACCAAAUCAGAAACAAUUGUAUUUCGUGUCAGAAUUAGACAUCAAAGUUUGCUUUUCCCUUGUCUAAGCGUUUUGCCCAUCUCUGCUCGUGCUUUCGCCUGUUAAGCAUCGUCUUUCGCGUCUGCUCUUCUGGUUCUGUUCGCCUUUCGGGCAUCGUUCGUCGGUCGUGCAACGUAUCCCCUUCUGCGAAAGACGUGAGCGACGCGGUGGCUUACGUAAUGUCCCAGCGAUAAGGCGGAUAACGGCGUCGCGGUUUCGAACGGGCCACCGAAGCGGCGCCUCUAUUUUCGAAUGUGCGAGUCACACGUUGCCGCUUAAGGAGGGAGGGAUUCGAAACCCUGAAAAUGACGAAAUUUUCCGGAAUUUUGUUUUUUAAACGAAAUUGCAUUACGCGAACAUAGAGAAUUUCUGGGGCAUAUUUAGACGGGAAUCGAGGGGGUACGAUGGGGAUUAGAAGUUACGAAAAUAUCGUGUCGACUCGGUGGAGGAAUAUAGUUUUGGGAAAAUCGAUACGGAUUCGAUCGUCGACGCGUACGUCAAGGUGAUCCGAGCGGCGAGCAACUAGAGCGUUCCUUUUCCAGUUGUUGACCUCUGGCCAGUCAAGGACGCGGCAUUCCAGGAUGGCAAGGUCGGCCAAUGGAAUGGAGUUUUCCUCGAUAGACGAGACGCAAAAUGUAUCGAUCCUCGAAUACAUCAGGAAUGAAGAACACGAGCAUGGAAUGGGAAAUAUUCGAGCCUUAACCAAACAUCCAGCACGAAUUCACGAGAUAAACGAAGAUAAAUUUGCAACCAAUCCUAAAGUCACAGCAGAUGUUUCCUCUGUUUCUACCAUCCUUAAUGCAAACAUCUCCGAUGAUUACGCUAACCAUCUUGGGAGCACCCUGGAAGAUAACACUAGACUCUUACUAAAUAAAGAAACGAUUAUGGAGGGACUAAACGAUGCAAUAGAGAAAACAAAGGAUUCUUUUCGAGACCCAGAGAAGAUACCGAAUGGUUUAUUAUUGAAUCAGAGAGAACCAUCGAUACAACACACGUGAGAAGAAGAUCGUCCUGGACUACACACGAUAAAGACCAUAGAGGAACCGAAGGAAAUCGGUGAAUUAAAUGGAGGAAUGAAGGGACCUAUGGUUGGCCACGUGGUGGUUGACGUCCGAAAUCUCGAGCCACGUACGGCGGUGAUAACGCUUUAGAGAACCAACGGCGUGACUCAUUGGCCGCGUAUGCGAAACCGAAUCAGGCUGCACGAUAUUAAAAUCGUGCAACGUUUUGCAAUUCACACGGGUGCCCCGGCGACAGGAGACGCGUUUCACCGCCUCGUGGCUCGGCUCCGGUGCUAGAUCCAUCGCAUCUCGAGAGUCCUGCUAUCGUUUUCUAUCUGAAUUGGAGAUGUCGCGUCAAAGGAUUGGUCCGGCGUGUGUGGUCCACGCGGCCCCGUGUGGAACCGUCCCGUAAAAAAUUCUUUUCGGCGGUGACACCAGCCAGGCAAUUGGCGUAUCAAAAAGUUCGCUUUGGAAAGAUCGGUAGAGGGGAGCACCAGUCAAAUGGUGGGGCAUCGCGCCUCUCGCAUGGUGGACGGAGCAAGAUGGCGGCCCGGGUUAAAGACACGUGAGAAUUGUGUUGGAGCAUCGCGACCCUGAAUAAUGUCCGCGGUGGCACGUGUAUCGACGCGCAAUUUUCAUUUCGACUCGACCUCUCGUCGCGACGUCUCGUUUUUCGUCGGCCACGAGCCGCCUUUACCGAGAGACGCACCAGUCGUCCACCGUUUCUUUUCGUCCGUUCGAAUGGCAACACCCAUGAUGUGUCUGACGUGCGUCGUUCGACGAUUCGACCCAAUCUGCCGAGUAACUACAUAGAACCAGCAACCUGGAAGACAGAAAAUUGGGAGGAUUCUUCUGGUGGAGAUGUUUCGCACUGCCGUUAACAAUGGAACAAAGAUCAACGUCAACGAGAUCAUGCAGUCGCUGGAACGGAUCGUCAAGGAUCCUGACAUCCAAGUUCGGUCGGACCUGGUGGAGCAACUUUCACAAGUGGCGAUCAUCUGCCAAGAAGCUCCACACCUCUUCGGGGACAUUCUUCACGAACAUCUCCUGGACAUGAUAAUAAAAUACUUGCAGGACGUGGAUAAUCAGGUACGACUGACGGCCCAAACGGCGGUGCUGGCGCUAAUGAAGAGGGGACUCCUCGACAACGAAACGAUCGAGACCAAAGUUUGUCCUGUAUUAGAAACCCUCUGCAAGAACGUCGACUCCCUCAACACGGGCGUAUCCCUCAUGAGCAAGAUGGCACCGCUCAUCGGCAAAGAGCUGACAGAAAAGAUUUUUCUGGACACGUACAUUACUCUCUGCAGAGACAAGGAGUUUUACGUAAGGAGGAUCUGCGUCACGCACUUCGGGGAGCUUUGCGCAGCUGUCGGGAAGAAAGCGAUUAAUCGGAAACUGUUCCCCAUAUUCGCCGACAUGUGCCAGGACACAGUGUGGGGCAUCAGGAAAGCAUGCGUGGACGUUAUGAUGCCGGUCGUGUGUUGCACGUCCCUCGUGCAUUGUCGAUUAGUAUGCGCGGAGCUACUAGCCACGCAUCUUAUAGACGAGUCGAGAUGGGUGCGAAUGUCUGCCUUCCAAAUCUUAGGACCAUUUAUAUCUACAUUCGCGAAACAGUUCACCGAAGUAACUUAUAACGAACACGGCGAGCUGGUGUUCACCAGCCAGCAAGAUUCUCGUUUCAGUAUAAGGUACUCGUACGAGGGUAUCUUCCCCAUGAAGUGCGCGAUACGGAGCCUCACGCUCGAUUCCGAGGACCUCAACUCUAAGGAGAACAACAACACGUCUGUGAUACUCCAGCAACAAGCUUACGAGCAGAACGACGACGAGUCAGAGGAAGAUUACAUUUCAUACAUGAAAGCUUUAAGAUUGAAGAUACAGAAGGAACGUUCAAAGAAUGCGGAGCUCAAGGAAACUACAGAUGACACGGAGAAGUUCAGUCCAUUUUUAUACUACUAUAUAGCUCCCGACCUGCCACCAGACGACGAGCUCGUGGAGGCCGCGAAGAAGGCCGACGCACAGAAGAACAUGAACAGGAAGACGCAACACAACGCAGCGCAGUCGGACAAUGCGUCGAACGACGACAUUUGUUUAACCAUUGAGUUCCCCGUGGUCGAGUUCCCAGCAGUGAAAUACCCAGCAGACGGGUUCCCAUCCGACGAGUACUCGGCGGACGAGUGCUCCGAGGAGGAGCAGCCAGCGAAUGAGCCAUCCAAGGACGAGUUGCCGACGAGCGAACCUUGCGCGAACAAUUUCCAAGCAGCCGUCAACUGGAACGUGGAGGACAUCGUGCCACAGCAUCUGAUCGAUUCGUUCCUUUCGAUGGCGGAACCUGAAAAAGGCAGGGACAUGAGCGCCGAUCUUCUUCAUUAUUGCGCGUUCAGCUUCCCCGCGGUGGUACUCACGUUGGGCAAAGAGAACUGGCCUUAUCUUAGGCACGCGUACAAGUCGUUAGUCAGCGCGAAUCAGUAUAAAGUUAGGAGCACGUUAGCCUCGAGCAUACACGAGAUUGCGGCGAUACUGGGCCAGGAGCUCACCGCUACCGAUCUCAUGCCUAUCUACAACGCCUUCAUCAGAGACCUAGACGAGGUCAGAAUAGGCGUGCUCAAGCAUCUCGCAACAUUUUUGAAAAUACUCAAACCCGACGACGCGUGUCACUAUCUGCCGAGGCUGAAGGAGUUCCUCAAAACCGACAAUGUCUGGAACUGGAGGUUCAGGGAGGAGUUGGGCACCCAGCUGCUGGAGAUCGUGAAUCUGUUUGGACCGGCCGACGUGGAACGCUACAUGGUGCCUCUUUCUUUCGAGCUUCUGAUCGACAAAGUUGCCGCUGUGAGGCACGUUGCGCUUUCUUUGGUGACGCAAAUCGUGGCCCACCUGUCCGACAACGAGCGUCUCGUCUCGGCUCUGUUUCAAGAUCUCAGAUACAACCUAGGGGUCUAUGCUUACAAGUGGAUCCGACGACAGACGUUUGCAUUCGUCUGCGCCUACUUGAUAGCCAGCAACGCCAUCAGCGGGGACAGAUUCUCGCAGGAGAUGUUACCUAAUUUGUUGAAAUUGUCGACGGACAAGGUACCCAACGUGAGACUGGCUGUGGCGAGAACUCUCUCGAAAUACGUCGCACCCAUGGGACCCGAUUGGUUGGGGAUCGAGCAGGCGGAGGAAGUGGCGAUAAGGCUCAGAGAGAUGCGCUCAGAUCCAGAUCGAGACGUCCGAAUAUUCGCCGGCAGCGACGAGAUCCCUGUACUAGAAGUAACGUCGCAAACCGAAGAGGAACAGUGCAGGAACUCGAGUUAACGAAUACGAUAUCCAAGAGAAUCGAGUUCAAAUUUCUCCUGCCAUACGAAAUAAUUUUAUACUGUACUACUAUCAAGAGGAGGAGGAGGAGGAGGAGGAGACCGGGAGAGUAGUAGAAAUACGAAGAAGAAGAGCAGGAUAAAGAGGAAAAGGAGUAGUAAUAAGAGAAGGAAUAGUAGGUAGAGGAGGAGGAGGAGGAGGAGGAGGCGGAUGCCGUACGAGUGUUCUUCCGCGCGCUAAUUUUCCAUAAACGUAGAAGAAAAUUAAUCGAAAGAAGAAACGCAGCCAAUUUGCCGUCAAGUAGCAAACGAACCGGAUUUGCUACACAGUUUUUUCAAGCGAUAUAUCUAUGAUGUAAAAAUAAGCUCAGUCACGAAUAGACGAAAGAAACGGAAAGAGAGUGCGCCGUUUAAGUGCAGUCGAGACAGAACGAAAAUGUAAAUGCAACGCAACGUUGUCCACGACCAAGGGACCGACGUUUUCCGCGCCCUUUAGACUAAGAACAGAUUGCAAGUAUCAAUGGUCAAAAGACAUUACGCAAUUAUAUAAGAGUGUGUAUGCGUGUCUAAAAGGAGUUAACGUAUGGGUGUUUAAGUAUUCGCGAGUAUGUAUGCGUUUACCAUUGUGAUCAAUUUGUAUAUGUAAGUGGUCCCUUGGACAAGCCGGAUAUUACUAAUUGGAGACGCCGCAUCGACGGGAUCUCUUGUUCUUUUUGGGUGAACUGUCAUAGCACGAUCUCUUGGGCGUUUUGUCGUUUCUCUUAAGCGUUACCCGAACUUUUUUAAGGAAUUGAAAAAUAUUGAAAUCGCCCCUUCGGGGAAGGGUGUUUUACUUUUGUAACUUUGUAAGCGUGCGGUUUGGCUCAAGUUCUCGUGCUAUGACGUGUGAGAACUUGUGCGCAUCAUCGAUAAACGAAAGCUCCCUUACGUCGAGAAACCUCACCACCGUGUGGAACUCACGGUCGAUGAAAAUAAUAAAACGAGAAAAAAAGGAAAUAAUAAGUAAAUACUUACGCCGCACGAUAUUGAGAUCAAUCGUAAUCGUGCGAUAUCACUGUGAUUUUUGUCUACGCGCGAACACACGGAACGAAUGUGCACCGUUUCAUGUAGAUAUGUAAACGUUUUAUAAUGUAAGCAUGAAUUUUCGCUGAAACUGCCCCUCCGCAUGAGCGUGGAAUUACACGUAAUCUGAAUCUAAGCGAACGGUUUCCGAGGAUCUUGAGUUUGGAAAAUUUUACAGCGAAUCGUCGAACCUCACGAGAAGAACACGUUUGUACGGUUUUCACAAUAAAAAAAGCUAGCUUGUAAGACAACGAAACGAGAGAAACUGAAUGCUGUUGAGUAAACGAUAUGUGUGAUAUGAGAUUUUACGAGUGUAGAAAACGUGCGGACCGUAGACAGAAGGAAACAGAGUGAUUCCGAUUAAGUGAACACACAAAAUUGUACAUUUACGAAAUGACCGUUUACCCGCCAACGUUGUACGUUGAUACCGCAAAAUAUUCGCGAGUAACAAAAAAAGCCAGUCCUUGAUCGCUCAUAUUUUGUAACAAUUAUUAAGAGAACGGCGGUUUGCCGUGUCUAGUUAGUGAAAACGCGAUUAUUGGGUUACAGUAAACUUCCUGUAAGCAACGAAAACUCGUUACUUGUGAAUACGUUCGAAAGGAAAAGACGUUUUGUUUAAAAUAUCCUUUAAAAUAUAUUGUGUAUUUGGUAAUGAGACGAAAAAAAAAUAAUCAUGCGAUUUGUUACACAA